GCUUCCCGGAGCGACAGUGGAACUCCGAAGUUGCGCCGGACCUUGAGCCCUGACAGUCGGAGCUUUCGGCGCGAUCCGGCCGUUCUCCCGCUGCCCGCCGGCUCUCCGCCGUCCUCAGCUGCCCUCCGUCCUCCGCUCCCAGCCCUUCGCUCCCAAUCCAGCGCCGGCAUGACGGGCUCACUGUUCAAGGGGAACUUCUGGAGCACGGAUAUUCUGAGCACCAUUGGAUAUGACAGUAUCAUCCAGCAUCUGAACAAUGGCCGCAAGAACUGCAAGGAGUUUGAGGAGUUUUUGAAAGAGAGGGCAUCAAUUGAAGAGAAAUAUGGCAAAGAUCUGCUGAGUCUCGCCAGGAAGAAGCCGUGUGGACAGUCUGAGAUCAAUACCUUGAAGAGAGCCCUUGAGGUCUUCAAGCAGCAAGUAGACAAUGUGGCUCAGUGUCACAUUCAGCUUGCACAGACUCUAAGAGAAGAGGCCAGGAAGAUGGAAGAAUUCAGGGAAAGACAGAAGCUGCAGCGGAAAAAGACAGAAACGAUAAUGGAUGCAGCUCACAAACAAAAGAACUCACAGUUCAAGAAAGCCAUGGACGCCAAGAAGAAUUACGAGCAGAAGUGCCGGGACAAGGAUGAGGCGGAGCAAGCUGUCCACCGCAGCGCCAAUGUGGCCAACCAACGGCAACAAGAGAAGCUUUUUGUGAAACUAGCCACUUCAAAGACUGCAGUAGAGGAUUCAGACAAAGCGUACAUGCUGCACAUCAACAUGCUGGAGAAGGUUCGGGAAGACUGGCAGAGCGAGCACAUUAAGGCCUGCGAGGUGUUCGAAGCUCAAGAAUGUGAACGAAUCAACUUCUUCCGGAAUGCACUGUGGCUACAUGUGAACCAGCUGUCCCAACAGUGUGUCACAAAUGAUGAGAUGUAUGAACAAGUCCGUAAGAGUUUAGAAACAUGCAGCAUUGAGAAGGACAUCCAGUAUUUUGUGAACCAGCGGAAAACCGGACAGACUCCCCCAGCACCCAUCAUGUAUGAGAAUUUCUACUCUCCUCAGCGGAAUGCUGCCCCACCAGGAAAGACUACAGGGCCCAAUCCAGCAAGGAGAGGACCUCUCCCAGUUCCUAAGCGUAUACCAGAUGAGCCUGAUUACUCCUUGGUUGAAGAUUACAGUUUGCUCUAUCAGUGACAUCAGUGGGGAAAAGAAAGCGUUCCUCAGCUACUGCUUCUAUGACAUGACGAGAGACCCUGAGAACAGCACAAUCCAUAACCAAAUUGCAUCAAUCAUGAAGACUUUGAUGUGAACCUUUGUAGAAAACAAUUUUUUUUGAUAUUUUAAAUUUAUAGUAGACAUUUGACUCAACUUAACUGAGUAGAGUUCUGCAGAGUCCCUCUUUUUCCCCCUCAGAGAGUUUACAUACUGCCCUAGAAGGAAGAAUUAUUAUUUCCUGGCUAGUUACUAAGGUUAUGAGUGUUGUUUCCUGUUGGGGAAGUAAAGCCACUCUGGAUUCUGAGUGUCCGCUUGAGCAGGGCUGCGGAGGAUGUCGCCAGUUUCCAAAGAUGCUCCUUGAGCUAUGGGAAGGAGGGCGGUGGAAACAGGGGCACCCUCUCUCAGUGGUGCAAUGUUUAAAACUACCUUUGUGUUUAGCAUGGCGACUUAGAAGCAUCUGAUUGGACUUGCUCAUUUUACAGAUGUGAAAACAAGACCCAGCAGGGUGAGAUCAGUUUCCUUACAAUUCUGACAGCCAACGAGAGACAGAACCAGACCUAGAGCACAACUUUGUAGCACAGUUCUAGCCCUUGGUGUGGCUGCCAUGCUCUUGCGGGCUGAAUGAGGGAGGAAAGAUUCUGUGCCUGAUGACACCCUGGAACCCACAGAAAGGUGGGAGGAGACAACUCUUUCCAUGCUGGCCUCUGGCCUCCACGCAUGCGCAUAGCAGUGAUUGACUGCACGCGGGCAGACACAGACACACAGACAGACAUACACAGACACACACACACCAUACACAUACACACCACACACACACCACACACCACACACACCCCUCCCCCCACGCCCUCCCCCACAUUUAAAAAGAAUAUUUGGCUAACAUUUUUUUCAGCUAAUAAAAUGACUGGAAUUUAGUUGUCAGAGUUAUUUUUAUAAAAAAAUGCAACGUACUGAAUAAACCACAGCGGAGAGAGUUUUUAAUCUGUGAGGGCCCCGGAUUGUAAAGUACACUCUUGUUUGUGUCUAGGAGGGUAUGAUGGGGGGCUGCCGAUCAAGUUGUGGCAGUCUGUAUGUAGAUGGCCAAUUCCAUUUGAUUUUUGAGACAGUAAAGUUGAAAAACAAAUCAGAUUCCAAAAGAUAUGUUAUUUUAACGAUUCCUCAAAAGAGUUUAGGAUUUUUAAAGCCCAGUUCAGUCUCCGCUCUUUACAGAAAGUCUCCUUCUGUUGUGCUCUGGAACUUUUAAAGGGACGUUCUCAUGGCAGGGAGAUCAUGCACUGUGUAUAUGGUGUUUUACACCCAAGAAAGUAGACACUGUAGUUAGGACAAAGUCUGUAGCAAGGCUUCUUAUUGUCGUGUUGUAAACGUCUGUGCCACUGCAAAGGACAAUCACGUUGUUCUCUCUGUGCAAUAGCUCUUCCAGGACUUUGGACAAACCGAUUAAAAUAGGAUUGAAACUCGGGUAUGGGAGUGCCUGCCUGUAAUCUCAGCCUGCUGGAGGCUGAGACAGGAGGGCUGUGAGUCUGAGAUCUGCCUGGAUACACAGUGAGAACGAUCUCAACCCUUCCCUACCCAAAGAUCAGCUGUUUCCCCUCUUUCAAUAUAAGGUGCUCCCGGCUGUGGCAGCCUCGUGCCGCGACAGGAAAUUUGCACCAGUUGGUCAUCCUUUUGAGAAACUCAGGUUUGCAAAGGUCCAUUGACUUCCCCAAACUGAAUAACUUCAGGAAGUUGUCUAUUGCACAUAGAACAUUCUGUUUUUAAGUAUAUUAUUUAUUGUUGGUCUUCAAUGAUUUAUAUUUUCUGUCAAUCAGCAUAACUGAUGUAAACGUGUUUCAUGAGUGUAAAAUAAUAUUAAUUUUAUGGCUUUUUUUCUGCUUGACAUGAAGUAAAAUAAAAGUUUCUGAUGAUUUGG